GUAUUUAAGAAGCUGAUGGAGGGUCAUAGCUGGAGCUGAUCUGGCUAUUUGACCGCAGUCGACUGUAAGCUUCUGUAUUGGAAUGUGUUCCACUCGGGCCGCCGUUCUGCUGCUGCUCUUUGCAGUGAUCUGUAUUCCUGGUGAAUCUGUUAAGUUCCCAGUGUUCUUUACAGAAGUAUCUGACUGUAUUGAGAGGCAGUGCUCUGAGAAGAUAGAUGCCUGCCAGGAACGCUAUGGAGAGGCUCUGACAGGCCCACUGAGAGGUUGCAUAGCUAAAAACUGUAAAGGAGCCACGAUCAGCUGUUUGGACUGGAUUGUCCAGGGCAUUCUGGCUGCAAGGAAAAAUGAGAAUCCGCUAGGAUCUAUCGAAGCUCUUGAACAUCUAGUUGAGGCUGUCAUUGAGAACGCUGUAGAUUCAUAUUUCCAUUGCUUCAGACACAGUGCCCACCACAAUGUAACAGAGUUCUCAGCAUGUAUUCUGGAAGAUCUGCUGGAUAAAGCCAUGCCGUACAUCAACAGGCUGUCGUCGCUCCUCGGGAUCGGAAAACCAGGUGUGGUGUCAUGCUGGCUGAAGAAGGCCCUCAGGCCGAUGGUGAGCUGCUAUAGCCACGUAGACGAGGACUACCACACUAUGCUGGAGCACAACAUGAAAAGGGAGCUGGCCUUGAACAGGCAAGAGUACUUCACCUGUACUAAUAAGGUGUUAAAAGAUAAGAAGUGCUUCCAGCUGUACUCACGACUUUAUGGUUCUACCCCAGCCAUGCUAACCCAGUCAAAAGGCCUCUUCGUCUGCUUCAUUCAUGAGAUGCUGUUAGCGACAGCCGCAUGCUAAAGUAGCAGAGGAGGAAAACGGGCCUGACGAAGAGUCUCCUGCAGAACGGACCCUUCAGGACAAACAAACACCUAAACAAAUCUGACAUGAUUUUCUUUUUAAAAUCUCCAACAGAUUAUGAUGAAAAAUUCAGCCAGCCAAUAAAAUGUGAAAUGCGCCUUUCCAGAGAAAUUUACAGAGUCAGAAUUGUUCACCAUUAUAGUACUUGGAACCAGACGUCCAAAGCAUUUAAUGUCCCUGAAAGCUACAUCCCGUUAAGUUACACAAAAUGGUUAUGAAUGCGUUGCUUGAUACCUGAGGCAUUGUUUUGUGAUAAUUUUGCUGUAAAGUUUUGGCCUAAAACUCAUUUUUAGUGUAGAGUUUUUUCUCCAGGAUUAUUUCCUGCUUCCAGUUUUCUUUAG